UAUUCAUCCUCGCUUGUUAUUAUAUCAUAUCUUGGGUCACAAGAAUACUCUUCAUCAGCAUCUAGGUUGUCAAUUUGGAGAUUUCACACUUCUGGUUUCAACCGGUUCUAACUGCCAAGUGGAAGAAACUUGUUCCUACUUGUGUUUGAGUUUGUUUAUGAGAUGAAGGCCAUUAGAGGGUGGCGUCUAGGCAGAACAAGUCAUAUGCCUGGUGCUCAUCACCGUGCUCGUACAGAGAAGCCAGUAUGGAUCAUCGCAGUGGUUUCGUUGAUAAUAAUGUUUGUAAUUGGUGCUUACAUGUUCCCUCAUCAUAGCAAAGCUGCUUGUUAUAUGCUUUCGUCUAAAGGUUGCAAGGGACUUACUGAUUGGCUUCCAACCUCGCCGAGGAAGUUUUCUUAUGACGAGAUCACAGCUCGUGUAGUGACUAGGGAAGUCUUGAGCUCCCCUCUUGUUAUAAAAAAGAGUUCUAAGAUUGCAUUUAUGUUCUUAACUCCGGGUACAUUGCCUUUUGAAAAGUUAUGGGAUCUCUUUUUCCGGGGUCAUGAGGGGAAAUUAUCUGUGUAUAUCCAUGCAUCAAAGGAUACGCCGGUUCACACCAGUCGUUACUUUAUUAACCGUGAUAUUCCAAGUGAUGAGGUGGUCUGGGGUACAAUAUCAAUGAUUGAUGCUGAAAGGCGUUUGUUGGCCAAUGCUCUUAGAGAUCCUGAGAAUCAGCAAUUUGUUUUACUCUCUGAUAGUUGUGUGCCACUUCGAAGUUUUGAAUACAUGUACAACUAUAUGAUGUUCAGCAAUGUCAGCUAUGUUGACUGCUUUUACGAUCCUGGUCGACAUGGAACCGGCAGGCAUACGGAUCACAUGUUGCCGGAAAUUCCAAAAGAAGAUUUUAGAAAGGGUUCACAGUGGUUCUCCAUUAAGCGUCAGCAUGCAGUAAUAACUGCAGCAGACAGUUUAUACUACUCAAAAUUCCGGGACUACUGUGGGCCAGGUGUAGAGAGUAACAAGUACUGCAUUGCGGAUGAACAUUACCUGCCAACACUAUUCCAUAUGCUUGAUCCUGGUGGCAUUGCGAACUGGACUCUGACAUAUGUUGAUUGGUCUGAGAAAAAGUGGCAUCCAAAAACAUACAUGCCCGAAGACAUCACACACGAGUUACUGAUGAACCUCAUGUCCAUUGACGCAGUUUCACACGUAACAAGUGAAAAAACGGGUGUAGUAACAUGGACACAAUGCAUGUGGAAUGAAAUCAAAAGACCUAGCUAUAUCUUUGGAAGGGAGUUUCAUGCACAUACUCUUGAUAAACUGAUCGACGUUUUCUCAAACUACACAACCAUACUGCAUAAACCUCACUAGAAGAUGUAACUCGUUUCAAAGUCGUUUAAAGAGCAGAAAAUAUUGUUGUGAUCCUGAGAAGCAUAGGAAGUGUUUGGUUCAUUUGAUCAUGAUAUAUCUC